AUGUCGGAAAUGAAGAAGAUCUUUACCUCCAACUCCAUGGCUCCUGUCGGCCCUUACAGCCAAGCAGUCCAGGUCGGCCAGCACAUCUUCGUCUCCGGUCAGAUCCCCGCCGACAAGAACGGCAACUUGGUCGAGGGCAGCAUCGCCGACAAGACCAAGGCAUCAUGCGAGGGCAUGAAGGCUAUCCUCGAAGAGGCCGGCAGCAGCAUCAGCAAGGUCAUCAAGACCACCGUCUUCCUUACCGACAUGAAGGACUUUGCCGAGAUGAACGGCAUGUACGAGCAGUACUUCUCACACAAGCCUGCUCGCAGCUGUGUUGCCGUCAAGGAGCUUCCCAAGGGCGUUCCCGUCGAGAUUGAGGCUAUUGCUCUCUCGUAA